CCACCAUGACACUAACAUCCUGUAUGUUCUGACCACCAUGACACUAACAUCCUGUAUGUUCUCACCACCAUGACACUAACAUCCUGUUUGUGUAUCUCAGGGCGAACGCUGACAUCGCCCAGGUGAGGAUGAAGUCCCGUCAGGAGACAGCAGCAUACCAGGCCUCUCUCAGGAAGGAGACCAUGAAGGUGGACUCACUGGAGAGAACUCUUGAGCAGAAGAACAAAGAGAUCGAAGAACUGACCAAGAUCUGUGACGAGCUGAUUGCCAAGAUGGGAAAGAGCUAGCAAUGCUGAACAGGUCCAGCCCACGUCUCCGGGGCCUGAGGGGGAAGGAGUGGUAGAAGAAUAGAAGAAUAGAUAAAGAGAGAGGACGUGGUUGUCUCUUUUACGUCCAAACCUUCCCUUGGACUGAUGGGUAACUGGACAGUUGGACAGUUGAAGCCAAAGUGGUCUCUGGAUUUAAUACACUACUGACUGACUAUGUACAUGUAUCUACUGGCAACAUUGCACCUCCAGAGUAUUGGAGGGUCAAUGGUUUUCUUCUGUUUCACCCAGUACAUUUUGAUGUGCCGAUGUGUACCACAUGUCCUGUAUCAGGGAUCCGGUGAAAGAGUGUUUAGAAAUGUACUCUAUAUCAUAAAUGAGAGAGAGAGUGUGGUGUGUGUGUGUGUGUGUGUGUGUGUGUGUGUGUGUGUGUGUGUGUGUGUGUGUGUGUGUGUGUGUGUGUGUGUGUGUGUGUGUGUGUGUGUGUGUGUGUGGUGUAUGUCUGUGUGUGUGUGGUGUAUGUCUGUGUGUGUGUGGUGUAUGUCUGUGUGUGUGUGGUGUUUGUCUGUGUGUGUGUGUGUGGUGUGUGUGUGUGUGUGUGUGUGUGUGUGUGGUGUAUGUCUGUGUGUGUGUGGUGUAUGUCUGUGUGUGUGUGGUGUAUGUCUGUGUGUGUGUGGUGUAUGUCUGUGUGUGUGUGUGUGGUGUAUGUCUGUGUGUGUGUGUGUGGUGUAUGUGUGUGUGUGUGUGUGUGGUGUGUGUGUGUGUGUGUGUGUGUGUGUGUGUGUGUGUGUGUGUGUGUGUGUGUGUGUGUGUGUGUGUGUGUGUGUGUGUGUGUGUGGUGUAUGUGGGUCUCUGUGUGUGUGGGUGCGUGUGGUGUGGGUGGGCGGGUGGGUAUGUACAAGUGUGCAACUCAGUCUCAUGAGUUUACAUGUAAAUCCUGAGACUGCGUUGGAGUUGACAUGUACACAUUUACAGUUUGUACACAUGUUGUGGUGUGUGUGGUGUGUGUGUGUGUGUGCGAGUGUGAAAGCGUGUGCGCGAUAGAGAGAAAGGUGAGUGCAUUGAUUGAAGAUAGACUGAUAUGCGAUGUGGUUGCCAUGACAGCAAAUGAUGGGGAAAUACGGUUCCCUCUUCUAACUCCUGCUGUGUCUACAAUCCUCGACACUAGAGAGUGAAACACAGAUGAAAAGAAAACCAUAUAUAUAUAUAUAUAUAUAUAUAUAUAUAUAGAAUAAAUCAAUGAAUUGUUCAGUUAAUAAGAAAUAUAGUUGAUCACAGAAAACUGCAUGUGGAAGUAGCAAAAUAUAAACGUCCUUUUUUUUUUGUAAGUAGGAAGUUGUGAUGAUGAUUAUAAUAGAGAUAUAUCUGCAUUUUUGAUACAAUAUUGUGUGGCUUCCCUUGAUCGUGUUUUCGUGCAGAUACUUUGCGAGGCAUAAUUUAUGUCAUAUCUUAUCUUGGAGAAAAAAAAACGUGUGAUGGGAUUUUUAUUUUAUUUUAUUUUAUUUUAAUAUUAAUGACGAUGAACAGUAAUUGUUCCUGUAGUAAUCAGGUGUUGGGACUGAGGGUAGGUAAGUCAUUACAUUUUGGAUCUCUAUGUCACAGUCCUGUCAUAAUUUAUGUGUUCACAAAGGUGGAAGCAAUUGAGAAAAAAGAGAGUUCUGCACAGCUACUCGUCUGGGUUCAAAUGUUGAGUGUUUUGUUCUGACCUAGAGUGCCAAAUGGGUGGAGUUUGCAGUUUUGGGACUAUUUUAUUUUAUAUGAAUCUGUUAAACCAGGCAAGAUUAAUCAAGCACAGAUAAAGUAAUUGAAUUCUAAUAGUAUUUGAACCCAGGUCUGCUGCACAGCUAUAUAGUGUACAGCAUCUGCAACGUGAAAUAAAGGAUGACGAUAGAAACACGGGAUGUGCCUCUUCUUUGACAAAACAAACAACAAACACCUCCAAGUGAUUAGGACAGCGUUUCCCGACCUAGGGGUCGCCUGAUUUGAAAAUGUGGUCGCAGGAGAAAAAUGAAAAAUUGUGUUUGGUUCACAGAGCCGGGGUUACGUCAGUAUCUUCCGGUAGCCGCUGGAUGAAAUAAACAUGGUGGUUUCGCAAAUAUUAUUAUUUUUUAUAUCAAAAUGGGGUCGGGUGCCAGAAAUGUUUGGGAACUAUGUUUAACUCCUAAGCCACACACCUACCUACCUACCUACCUACCUACCUACCUACCUACCUAGGAUUCUCAGUGCUGUGAGAAUGACAGAAAUGGUGUACAGUGUGUCAUGUUUAUUUCAGGAAACCUCUGUUAAUUUUUGAACUUUUGUGGUGUUUAAAUGCCUUCACACUCAACAGAGUGAAUUUAACACUCAAAAGUGUUAAAAUGUUAACACUUAUAAAGUGUUUCUGUAACCCUAUACAGAGUAGAAAAUUAACACUGGCUGUGUGAAAUUCACAAUACGCUGGAGUGAACUAAUUAGUAAUUCACUCUACUCUGAAGUGAAAUAUAAAAUGCACUCACUCUACAGUGGAGUAAAAUGUAAUUAAACGGUGUGAUAUAUUUCCCAGGCUGUCUUUUCUUUUUGAGUGAAUAGUAGAGUUACCACCCAUGACUGUAUUUGCAGAGAUACCACCCAUGACUGUAUUUGUAAAGAUACCACCCAUGACUGUAUUUGUAGAGAAACCACCCGUGACUUUAUUUGUAGAGAUACCACCCAUGACUGUAUUUGUAGAGAAUCCACCCGUGACUUUAUUUGUAGAGAUACCACCCAUGACUGUAUUUGUAGAGAAACCACCCAUGACUGUAUUUGCAGAGAUACCACCCAUGACUGUAUUUGUAAAGAUACCACCCAUGACUGUAUUUGUAGAGAAACCACCCGUGACUUUAUUUGUAGAGAUACCACCCAUGACUGUAUUUGUAGAGAUACCACCCAUGACCUUAAUUGUAGAGAUACCACCCAUGACUGUAUUUGUAGAGAUACCACCCAUGACUGUAUUUGUAGAGAUACCACCCAUGACUGUAUUUGUAGAGAUACUACCCAUGACUGUAUUUGUAGAGAUACUACCCAUGACUGUAUUUAUAGAGAUACCACCCAUGACUGUAUUUGUAGAGAAACCGCCCAUGACUGUAUUUGUAGAGAAACCACCCAUGACUGUAUUUGUAGAGAUACCACCCAUGACUGUAUUUGUAGAGAUACCACCCAUGACCUUAAUUGUAGAGAUACCACCCAUGACUGUAUUUAUAGAGAUACCACCCGUGUCCUUAAUUGUAGAGAUACCACCCAUGACUGUAUUUGUAGAGAUACCACCCAUGACUGUAUUUGUAGAGAUACUAACCAUGACUGUAUUUGUAGAGAUGCCACCCAUGACUAUAUUUGUAGAGAUACCACCCAUGACUGUAUUUGUAGAGAUACCACCCAUGACUGUAUUUGUAGAGAUACCACCCAUGACUGUAUUUGUAGAGAUACCACCCAUGACUGUAUUAGGUAUUGACAGAGACAUGGUUGUUGAAUUAGUUCCUUUAAAAGGCGUGGCUUUCACCAAAGGCCCGAUAUCCCGACUUAAAGCAUCAGCGUGCUUCAGCCGAACCAAAAGAGUGGGCUCGCAUAAAAGACCUUCGCUUGAUAAAAUAGUACUGUUUGUCCAUUUUGAGAUGCUGUACCCAGUAUACUGUACACCAUCUUAGAAUGAAUCUAAGAGAACUCAAGAAAUCUGUCAUUAAUUUAUACGUUUUUUGCUGAAGUAAUCUUAGUCGCAUAAUUUUACAUCUAAGAUGUUUGUUGCUGUAUUUUUCAAUAAAAAAAUGUGCAUGAAAAUGGGUUAUCUCUCGUUGAAUGACAACAAAGCCUUAUUAAAGAAUCCCUACUGUCGACUAUUCAACUAUGAAGGGGGGUAGACUUCGGCUCCGAACUUCAGCUUGUCAUCAGAUUUUUUGUGUGUGUGCCUGAACAGCUGAAAAAAAAACCCUGACCUAAAUCCAAAACAAACAAAAAAAGUCACAAAAAGUCAUUAUAAUAUAUGCACGAAGUAUUCGGCUGGGAAGCAUGCGGACUCCUUUCCAAAAUUACGCCUUUCAAAAAUUACGCCUUCCCAAAAUCACGCCUUUCCUACGCACUUCUUAGUAGUUGGUAUUCAGACUUACCUUAUGAAGGUGUGUAACCUUAAGCCAUCCCUUUAAAUACGGUGUACCUUUAAAUAGAAUUUUAAUGACAGACUAGAAUACAUCGAGAGAAGGGAUUCUGAAAAUAGUGAUCAAUGAAAGAAUGCCAUCUACCAACUGGUAGAUUUAAAAUACCAGUUGGUUGUUGGCACUGCACCUGAGACCACUGUGCAAGAGGUGUCACUAUAGUCCCCGAAUCCAGGCUGCAUCAUAUCAGGCUGUGAUUGGGAGUCCCAUAGGGCGGCGGGAAAUUGGCCCAGCAUCGUCCAGGUUUGGUCGGGGUAGGCCGUCAUCGUAAAAUAAGAAUUCGUUCUUAAAACCUUUCAAGGACACACGUUCCGCUAGCGGCACCCCCCCCCACACCCCCACUGAAAAGGCAGAGCCGCGAAAUUCAAAAAAAAUAUAUUUUUAAAAUAUUUAACUUUCACACAUUAAAGUCCAAUACAGCUAAUGAAAGACACAGAUCUUGUGAAUCCAGCCAACAUGUCCGAUUUUUAAAAUGUUUUACAGGGAAGACACAAUAUGUAAAGAUGUAAAUCUAUUAGCUAAAAACACAUUAGCAUAAUCCACCAUCUUUACUUUGUCCACCAACAACAGUAGCUAUCACCAAUUCGGCUAAACUAAGAUAUUGAUAGCCCCUAACCAAGAAAAAACCUCAUCAGAUGACAGUCUGAUAACAUAUUUAUGGUAUAGGAUAGGUUUUGUUAGAAAAAUGUGCAUAUUUCAGGUAGAUGGCAUAGUUUACAAUUGCACCCACCGUCACAAAUGGACUAGAAUAAUUACAAUGAGCAACGUGUUUACCUAACUACUAAUCAUCAAACAUUUCGUAAAAAUACACAGCAUACACGAAUCGAAAGACACAGAUCCUGUGAAUACAGACAAUAUUUCAGAUUUUCUAAGUGUCUUACAGCGAAAACACAAUAAAUCGUUAUAUUAGCAUAGCACAUGUGCAAACAUUACCCCAGCAUUGAUUCUAGCCAAAGAGAGCGAUAACGUAAACAUCGCCAAAAUGUAUUAAUUUUUUCACUAACCUUCUCAGAAUUCUUCAGAUGACACUCCUGUAACAUCACAUUACAACAUACAUAUACAGUUUGUUCGAAAAUGUGCAUAUUUAGCCACCAAAAUCGUGGUUAGACAAUGAGAAAAGUUGCCCAGCUGGUCAGAAAAUGUCCUGCGCCACAUUAGACAGUGAUCUAGUCGUAUACAUAAAUACUCAUAAACGUGACUAAAAAAUAUAGGGUGGACAGCGAUUGAUAGACAAUUUAAUUCUUAAUACAAUCGCGGAAUUACAUUUUUUAAAUUAUCCUUACUUUUCAAUACAGUUUGCGCCAAGCGAAGCUACGUCAAAAAAGAUGGCGUCCUAAGCCACUAACAUUUUUUGACAGAAACACGAUUUAUCGUAAUAAAUUGUUCCUACUUUGAGCUGUUCUUCCAUCAGUAUCUUGGGCAAAGGAUCCUUUCUUGGGUCUAAUCGUCUUUUGGUGGAAAGCUGUCCUCUUGCCAUGUGGAAAUGCCAACUGCGUUCGGCAUGAACUGGAAGCGUGCCCAGAGAUUCACAGUGUCUCAGAAAUAAAUGUCCCAAAAUCGCACUAAACGGAUAUAAAUUGCUAUAAAACGCUUUAAAUUAACUACCUUAUGAUGUUUUUAACUCCUAUAACGAGUAGAAACAUGACC